CUUCGUGAUCUUCAUGCAAACUACUAGCCCUCCUGCUGCCAGCAUUUGCUACUUCUGCCAAGGAUGACAUUCAGGAUACAGCAUUGGAUCCUUAUUAUGUAAGGCAGUCUAGGUCAAGUGUAGGAGAGAGACAACUGGCCUGAACAAGCUAGUGGGGUUCCUGCUUCAGCAGAAUGAUUUAUGGGGGAGUGGAAGUUGGAUUGUGACCUUUUGCUGCAUCCACUUGGUCCUUCUUUAUGCAAGAGAAUAGCUGGUAAUUAAAAUGUGCAGGAUGAAAAGAUGGAGCAGCCAGUGCUUGUACCACCAGGACCUGACAGCUUUCACUACUUCACUAGAGAGUCUCUUGCAGCUGCUGAACAACGCUUUGCUGCAGAAAAGGCGAGGUUGGCCAAACAGGAGCGUAAAGUUGACGACGAAAAUGGCCCAAAGCCAAGUAGUGACUUGGAGGCUGGCAAAUCACUGCCAUUUAUUUAUGGAGACAUACCUCCGGGAAUGGUGGCUACUCCCUUGGAAGACCUGGACCCAUAUUACCUUAAUAAAAAAACUUUUAUAGUAUUGAACAGAGGGAAAGCAAUUUUCCGAUUCAGUGCCACCCCUGCCCUAUACAUAAUAAGUCCUUUCAACCUUCUUAGAAGAAUAGCUAUUAAGAUUUUGGUACAUUCAUUAUUCAGCAUGCUCAUUAUGUGCACUAUUUUGACCAACUGCGUAUUUAUGACCUUAAGUAACCCUCCUGAGUGGACAAAGAAUGUAGAGUAUACAUUCACAGGAAUAUAUACAUUUGAAUCACUUAUAAAAAUAAUUGCAAGGGGCUUUUGUAUAGAUGAUUUCACCUUCCUCCGGGAUCCCUGGAACUGGCUUGAUUUCACUGUCAUUACAUUUGCGUAUGUAACAGAAUUUGUAAACCUAGGCAAUGUUUCAGCUCUUCGAACUUUCAGAGUAUUGAGAGCUUUGAAAACUAUUUCUGUAAUCCCAGGCCUGAAGACAAUUGUGGGAGCCCUCAUUCAAUCUGUGAAGAAGCUGUCAGAUGUAAUGAUUCUGACUGUAUUUUGUCUGAGUGUAUUUGCUCUAAUAGGGCUCCAGCUGUUUAUGGGCAACUUGAGGCACAAAUGCUUGUAUUGGAAUCCAGCUAAUUCAACAGAAUCAAAUGACACUUCCCUCUUUAAUAACACAUUUGGAGAAAAUGGUACAUUUAACAUUACGCCCUUUGACUGGAACGAAUAUAUACGGGAUGAAAGUAAUUUUUACUUUUUGGAAGGACAAAAUGAUGCUUUGCUUUGUGGCAACAGUUCUGAUGCCGGUCAAUGCCCAGAAGGGUAUAUGUGUGUGAAAGCUGGUAGAAAUCCAAACUAUGGCUACACAAGUUUUGAUACCUUUAGCUGGGCUUUCCUGUCUCUUUUUCGGUUGAUGACUCAGGACUACUGGGAAAAUCUUUAUCAGCUGACCCUACGUGCUGCUGGCAAAACGUACAUGAUCUUUUUUGUUCUGGUGAUCUUCUUGGGAUCUUUCUACCUGAUCAACUUGAUCCUGGCUGUUGUUGCCAUGGCCUAUGAAGAGCAGAAUCAAGCCACAAUGGAAGAAGCUGAGCAGAAAGAAGCAGAGUUUCAGCAGAUGCUUGAGCAGCUGAAAAAGCAACAAGAAGCAGCUCAGGCAGCGGCGACAGCAGCAGCAACAGCAUCAGCUGAGUCAAAAGAACCAAGUGCUGGAGGAGGAAUUGGUGGCCUUUCUGAAAGUUCUUCUGAAGCUUCAAAGUUGAGUUCAAAGAGCGCCAAAGAACGGAGAAAUAGAAGGAAAAAAAGAAAACAAAAAGAGCAAUCUGGAGGAGAGGAAAAAGACGAAGAUGAAUUUCACAGAUCUGAAUCAGAAGACAGCAUCAGGAGAAAAGGUUGCCGAUUCUCUAUUGAAGGGAAUAGGUUAACACUAGAACGGAAGCACUCUUCUCCCCAUCAGUCUUUGCUGAGCAUGCGUGGCUCCCUGUUUUCCCCAAGGCGCAACAGCAGAACAAGCCUUUUCAGCUUCAGAGGUAGAGCAAAGGAUAUAGGAUCAGAGAAUGACUUUGCUGAUGAUGAACACAGCACAUUUGAAGAUAAUGAUAGCAGAAGAGAUUCCCUUUUUGUGCCGCGCAGACAUGGUGAACGGCGCAACAGUAACAUUAGUCAGGCCAGUAGGUCAUCCAGGAUGCUGGCAGUGUUUCCAGUGAAUGGGAAGAUGCACAGCACUGUGGAUUGCAAUGGGGUGGUUUCCUUGGUUGGUGGACCAUCUGUUCCUACAUCGCCUGUUGGACAGCUUCUGCCAGAGGUGAUAAUAGAUAAACCAGCUACUGAUGACAAUGCCACAACCACAGAGACAGAAAUGAAAAAAAGAAGAUCCAGUUCUUUUCAUGUUUCUAUGGAUUUUUUGGAAGACCCUACUUUAAGAGAAAGAGCCAUGAGCAUAGCUAGCAUAAUCACAAACACCAUGGAAGAACUUGAAGAAUCCCGGCAGAAGUGCCCACCGUGUUGGUAUAAAUUUGCAAACAUUUUCUUGAUCUGGGACUGCUGUCCAUGUUGGUUGAAAGUAAAGCAUUAUGUGAACAUAGUUGUGAUGGAUCCGUUUGUUGACCUUGCAAUUACAAUUUGCAUUGUUUUAAACACACUGUUCAUGGCAAUGGAGCAUUACCCAAUGUCAGAAGAAUUUGAAGGUGUCCUCAAUGUUGGAAAUCUGGUUUUCACAGGAAUCUUCACAGGUGAAAUGUUUUUUAAACUGGUAGCAAUGGAUCCCUAUUAUUACUUCCAAGAAGGAUGGAAUAUUUUUGAUGGCUUUAUUGUCACCUUGAGUUUGGUUGAACUCGGGCUAUCUGAUGUAGAAGGAUUAUCAGUUCUCCGGUCUUUCAGAUUGCUGCGAGUUUUCAAAUUAGCAAAAUCCUGGCCAACGCUAAAUAUGCUGAUAAAGAUUAUUGGAAACUCUGUGGGUGCUUUGGGAAAUCUGACCUUAGUCCUGGCCAUCAUUGUCUUCAUUUUUGCUGUGGUUGGAAUGCAGCUGUUUGGGAAAAGCUACAAGGAAUGUGUCUGCAAGAUUGCCAAAGACUGUGAGCUUCCACGCUGGCACAUGCACGACUUUUUCCACUCUUUCUUGAUUGUGUUCCGAGUACUUUGUGGAGAAUGGAUAGAAACCAUGUGGGACUGUAUGGAGGUUGCAGGUCAAGCUAUGUGCCUUACUGUCUUCAUGAUGGUGAUGGUGAUCGGAAAUUUAGUGGUACUGAAUCUAUUUUUGGCCUUGCUACUGAGCUCUUUUAGCGCAGACAACCUUGCUGCCACAGAUGAUGACAACGAAAUGAACAAUCUCCAGAUUUCUAUAGCAAGAAUAGAAAAGGGAAUUGCCUAUGUGAAAAGAAAGAUCCGUGAAUUCAUACAAAAAUCCUUUGUUAAAAAACAAAAAGCUUUGGAUGAAAUCAAACCCCUUGAGGAGCUAAAUAAGAACAGCUGCAUUUCUAACCACACCAUGGAAAUUGGUAAAGAUCUGGAUUAUUUUAGGGAUGGGAAUGGGACUACAAGUGGCAUUGGAACAGGUAGUAGCGUGGAAAAAUAUGUUGUUGAUGAAAGUGAUUACAUGUCAUUCAUAAAUAACCCAAGCCUGACUGUGACUGUUCCAAUUGCUCUUGGAGAAUCGGAUUUUGAGAAUUUGAAUACGGAAGAAUUUAGCAGUGAAUCUGAUUUGGAAGAAAGCAAAGAGAAACUAAAUUCCUCUAGCUCCUCUGAAGGAAGCACUGUGGAUAUUGGAGUUCCAGCAGAAGAGCAACCAGAAGCAGUACCUGAGGAACCUGAGGAACCUGAAGCUUGUUUUACAGAAGGCUGUGUUCAAAGGUUCAAGUGCUGUCAAGUUAGUGUGGAAGAUGGGAGAGGAAAACAGUGGUGGAAUCUUAGAAAAACUUGCUUUCGAAUAGUUGAACACAACUGGUUUGAAACCUUCAUUGUCUUUAUGAUCCUUCUUAGUAGUGGUGCUCUGGCAUUUGAAGAUGUAUACAUAGAACAGAGGAAAACAAUCAAAACCAUGCUGGAAUAUGCUGACAAGGUCUUCACCUACAUCUUCAUUCUUGAGAUGCUUCUGAAAUGGGUCGCAUAUGGAUAUCAAACAUACUUCACCAAUGCCUGGUGCUGGCUGGAUUUCCUCAUUGUUGAUGUGUCACUGGUUAGCUUAACUGCAAAUGCAUUGGGUUAUUCAGAACUUGGUGCCAUUAAGUCCCUUCGAACACUGAGGGCUUUGAGACCUUUAAGAGCCUUGUCAAGAUUUGAAGGGAUGAGGGUGGUUGUGAAUGCCCUUCUUGGAGCAAUUCCAUCCAUUAUGAACGUGCUUCUUGUUUGUCUCAUAUUCUGGCUAAUUUUCAGCAUCAUGGGAGUAAAUCUGUUUGCUGGCAAAUUCUACCACUGUAUUAACACAACAACCGGGGAGAUGUUCCCAAUUGAUGUAGUUAACAAUAGCACUCAGUGUAAAGAGCUCAUAGAAGCAAAUGAAACGGCCAGAUGGAAAAACGUGAAGGUUAACUUUGAUAAUGUAGGAUUUGGGUAUCUUUCCUUGCUGCAAGUAGCUACAUUUAAAGGAUGGAUGGAUAUUAUGUAUGCAGCAAUUGAUUCAAGAAAUGUAGGUCAGCAGCCUCAAUAUGAGGACAACCUUUAUAUGUAUCUUUACUUUGUUAUCUUCAUCAUCUUUGGAUCGUUCUUCACUUUGAAUCUGUUCAUUGGUGUCAUCAUUGAUAACUUCAAUCAACAAAAAAAGAAGUUUGGAGGUCAAGACAUCUUUAUGACAGAAGAACAGAAAAAGUACUACAAUGCAAUGAAAAAACUGGGGUCUAAAAAGCCUCAGAAACCCAUACCUAGACCUGGGAACAAAUACCAAGGUGUGGUCUUUGAUUUUGUGACGAGACAAGUAUUUGACAUCAGUAUUAUGAUUCUUAUCUGCCUUAAUAUGAUCACUAUGAUGGUAGAAACAGAUGAUCAAAGUCAACAAACAGAAGAAGUUCUAUAUCGUAUCAACCUGAUAUUCAUUGUCCUCUUCACCGGAGAAUGUGUUCUCAAGCUAAUUUCACUGCGUUACUAUUAUUUCACCAUUGGAUGGAACAUUUUUGAUUUUGUGGUUGUCAUCCUCUCCAUUGUAGGUAUGUUCCUAGCAGAGAUUAUUGAGAAAUACUUUGUGUCACCCACCCUGUUCCGUGUAAUCCGACUUGCCAGGAUCGGCCGGAUCCUGCGUCUCAUCAAGGGGGCUAAAGGGAUCCGCACCCUGCUCUUUGCCUUGAUGAUGUCUCUCCCUGCCUUGUUCAACAUUGGCCUCCUCCUUUUCCUUGUCAUGUUCAUCUACGCAAUCUUUGGGAUGUCCAACUUUGCCUACGUGAAGAGAGAAGUUGGAAUCGAUGACAUGUUCAACUUUGAAACUUUUGGCAACAGCAUGAUCUGCCUUUUCAUGAUCACCACCUCAGCAGGCUGGGACGGCCUCCUGGCCCCCAUUCUCAACAGUGGGGCCCCAGAUUGUGACCCUAAAAAACACCAUCCGGGAAGCUCAGUCAAAGGAGACUGUGGCAAUCCUUCUGUUGGGAUUUUCUUCUUUGUCAGUUACAUCAUUAUAUCUUUUUUAGUUGUAGUGAACAUGUACAUUGCUGUCAUUUUGGAGAACUUUGGGGUGGCGACUGAAGAAAGUGGUGAACCUUUGAGUGAGGAUGACUUUGAGAUGUUCUAUGAGGUCUGGGAAAAGUUUGACCCAGAUGCAACUCAGUUUAUGGAAUUUGAAAAACUCUCAGAGUUUGCAGCUGCUCUGGAGCCUCCUCUUCAUUUACCAAAGCCAAACAAGGUUCAGCUUAUUGCAAUGGAUCUGCCCAUGGUAAGUGGGGACAGGAUUCACUGCCUUGACAUUUUGUUUGCUUUCACAAAACGUGUUCUAGGGGAAAGUGGAGAGAUGGAUGCUCUCCGCAUCCAGAUGGAAGAACGCUUUAUGCAAUCCAAUCCUUCCAAAGCAUCCUAUGAGCCCAUUACAACUACGUUGAAACGAAAGCAAGAAGAGCUGUCUGCUAUUAUCAUCCAACGGGCUUACAGACGUUACCGCCUCAGACAAACAGUACAGCAAGCUUCAUUUGUAUAUAAAAAUAAAAUAGAAGGAGGGGCUGGCCUGCGCCUCAAAGAUGAAAUCCUUAUUGACAAGAUCAAUGAAAACUCAUACACGGAAAAAACUGACCUCACCAUGUCCACAGCCAUUUGUCCACCAUCCUAUGAUCGUGUAACCAAGCCCAUUGAAGAAAAGCACGAAAGGGAAGGCAAAGAUGUACAGAAGAAAAAAUAAAAAAUGCAAGUUAGAUGUUCGGGUGACAAAUUGUUUACAGCCUGUGUGAGUAAUGUAGUUGGGUCAACAGGACUCCUCUAGGCGGUCUAUGCCAAACAGACAGUUUUUACAAAUAUACUGUAUCCUUAAGGUCAGUGCCUAUAACAAGACAGCAACCCCUUGUCAUCUACAUGUGACUGUAAAACAGAAUGGCAAGCGUGACAGGAGGUUACUGUUUUCCUUACCAGCUGACACUGCUGAAGAGGAGGGAGAAAUGGCUAAUCAGACUGUAGGGACCAGUAAACGGGGUUGAAAAACUAAACACCUAGUAAUUUUUGUGUGUUAAACAUAAGACACUUAGUACAGUCAGUGUAUCCACUGUUUGCAUUUCAACUGCCACAUUUGUCAUCUUUUUACAAACUCUGUGUUGGUGGAUUCCAUCUUUAUUUAUUUAUUUUUUCCCUUUCUGUUUUCGAUUCACACAUUGUGACUAUUUUUGUAGAUGGGAUUUAUGUUGGGGAAGGGGAUAAGUACUACUUUACCGGUAUGAGGACCAGAUGUUCUAUUAUAUGACUCUCUCUCUUAUAUGCACACCAAAACGAUUUGCAUGGAGGCAUGCUGCACUUAUAGACCAUGCAUGUGGGGGGGAAAACAUUACAUCUCCAAGAGCAACAGGUUUUUAACAACUCUGUUAACGGCGAGGGAACACUCUGUGCUUGACAAUAAUUGUAUUCAUGUUGCAUUACAACCAGACAAAUCUCUAUAAUGCCUCUAACGUCCCCUCCAAUCCCCAAAAGCAAAACAGGUGGAUUCUUUUUUAUAUAUAAACCUCAGCAAGAGCUGGAGUUGAAAACAGCCGGUUUCAAAAGUCCUUGUCAAUUUUCCCCAUACGGUAUCUUUAAAUCAACAUGCCCUUUAAAACAACAACAACAACAACAAUACCUGAAUUGACCCAAACUCCUUUCUGAAUUUGUUCUGCUUUGAUCCUGCAGCGUUGUUUAGCCAUCUUCAGCUCUCAGCCAGAUUGCCACCGUAUGUCUUUGGUGAAGAACCCUCUGUUGUGUAAAUAGUAAUUUUACCUGUGGUGCACGUUUGAGCAAAUGAAUAAACGACCUGAGCACAUUUAUUGCAUCAAAUAUGUACCACGAUAGGUUUAGUGUGCAAGCUUUCAACAGGUAACAACGAUGUACUCUGUCCCAUUUUAGAUAGCUUGGAUCCUAUCAAUGCAUGUUGAUAUUGCCUAUAUUGCUCUUCCUUCAAGUGUCUGGAAUCUUAAACAUGGGAAGCCAUAUGACAGAGGUAAAGUGAGAAAAACAAAACAAAAACCCACCAAGUGUUCAACAAGACCUCAUUCCCUCAUAUCAUUAAGCAAUAUUUGCAGCUACUUGAGAGAUUUUCCUUUGACGUUUUUAAAUUUUCAGUGACAGCCAAUCUCAUGUAUAGCCAGACUGUACAGACAUGUUGCAAACUGCUAAACCUGUUGAAAAUAAUGUGGUUAGAAAUUUUAUAAGCCAAUAUAAAUAUUGUAAAAAAAAUCAUUUUAUUUUAUUUUGGAGCAUUAUGUACAUAAACUAAGAAAUGAAUUUUAUCUUACAAUUGGCGUUGCAGCCUUUUGGGUUACAUUGCAUUCAAAGCACUUUUUUUCCAUGGAAGAACUACAGAAAACAAGAAACGAAGAAGAGACGGGUAAUUGUAGCUUUCUGCUUUUUAAACUGUAUUUGCAAACAUUUUUCAAGGUGCAAUAAUUCAAUAAUUUGUGAAGGAAAGAGUCAUGGUUUGCUUGCUUCCAAACAGCUAUUCCUUGCAGUUGGAAGAGGAUGCAAUGUUUUGUUUCAAUUUCUAGCAGUGCCUGCAUCAGAAAAUGUAGCCUUUUUUCCUUUAAAAGAACCAUGUUUUCGGGUUUUUAUUUCUGAGAUUGCGUUGAUUUGUUUGACUCCUGCUUUAAUAGAACUGUUACGAAUAUAUCUUGGGUCCACUGUAUUUUUUCACAGACAGAAUAGCGAAAUUAUAUAACCAAACACACCAGGACAUUUUAUGUUUCUUACACGGGAUAUGUUACGUAGAGAUUAUUUCUUUUAAUAAACUACCAACUUAUACUGUAUUGGUGAACUGCAUGCAGGAAAUGCUACUAAUAUUCUAAAUUAUGCUAUACAUCAUUACUAAUGUGCAAAAAUAAUAAAGAUUAAAUUUUUUAUUGUAA